ACAACAAAUGUUAAGGGCACUGUUGUUCUGAUGAAGAAGAAUUUCCUGGAUUUAGAUGAUGUCAAGGCAUCUGUUGUCGACCGUGUCGAUGAGGUACUUGGACAUAAGGUCUCAUUGCAGCUUAUCGGUGCUGUCAAUGCUGACCCUGCUAACAAAUGCAGAGGAAAACCUGGAAAACCAGCAUUCCUGGAAAAUUGGGAAGCCAAAUUCACACCUUUGACAGCUACUGAUGCUACAUUUAGAGUCACAUUUGAAUGGGAGGAAGAGGCUGGAGUUCCAGGGGCUUUCCUUAUUAAGAACUUUCACCAAAAGGAAUUCUAUCUAAAGAAACUGACUCUUGAUGAUGUUCCAGGCCACGGCCGAGUAUGCUUCAUUUGCAAUUCAUGGAUUUACCCUUCUGAGUACUACAAGAAAGAUCGUAUUUUCUUCUCCAAUCAGACUUACCUACCAAGCCAAACACCAGAAAAUCUUCGUUCAUAUCGCGAAGAAGAGCUGGAAAACCUGAGAGGAAAUGGAAUUGGGAAGCUGGAGGAAUGGGACAGGAUCUAUGACUAUGAUGUCUAUAAUGAUUUAGGUGAUCCUGAUAAAGCUCCAAAGUACGAGCGCAAGAUUCUUGGAGGAUCAGCUGACUACCCUUAUCCUCGUCGAGGGAGAACAGGUCGUUUGCCUACUUUGACAGAUCCUAAAAGUGAAAGUCGGCUGCCAAUGAUUAAAAGCUUAGAGAUUUAUGUUCCCAGAGAUGAGAGAUUCAAUCAGUUAAAGAUGUCAGAUUUUGCAGCAUAUGCCCUGAAGUUGUUAUCUCAGUUCUUACUUGCUGAACUUGAGGCUUCUAACUUUACUGAGUUUGAUACAUUUGAGGAUGAAUUAAAAAUAUAUGAUGAUGGAUUUAAGUUUCCUUUUGAAUCUCUUGUUCAUAAAAUAAGGGAUCAUGUUCCAAUGGAACUGGUGAAAGAGUUAUUGAGAUCAGAUGGUGAACACCUCUGUAAGUUCCCUAUGCCACAAGUAAUCAAAGAUGAUAAAUCUGCUUGGAGAACUGAUGAAGAGUUUGCAAGAGAAAUGUUGGCUGGAUUAAACCCUAUUAUCAUCUGUUCUCUAAAAGAGUUUCCUCCGACAAGUAAUCUGGAUCCUAAAGUUUUCGGCGACCAGAAGAGUACAAUUACAGUGGAACAUAUAAAGAACCAUAUAGAUGGAUUAACUGUAGAACAUGCAAUCAAGGAGAACAGAUUGUUCAUAUUGAAUCACCAUGAUACUCUCAUGCCUUACCUGAGAUGCAUAAACUCUACUACUACAAAGACCUAUGCCACAAGAACUUUACUUUUUCUGAAAGAAGAUGGAACACUGAAGCCAGUAGCAAUUGAACUGAGCUUGCCACAUCCUGAUGGUGAUCAUCUUGGAGCUGUUAGCAAUGUGUACACACCAGCAAAUGAUGGCCAGGAAGCAGUUGUUUGGCAACUAGCAAAAGCUUAUGUUGCUGUAAAUGAUUCCGGCUAUCAUCAGCUUAUUUCCCAUUGGUUGAAUACUCAUGCAAUAGUUGAGCCGUUUGUGAUUGCCACAAACAGGCAAUUAAGUGUUCUCCAUCCGAUUUACAAGCUUCUGCAUCCACACUUCCGCGACACCAUGUUCAUAAAUGCAUUUGCUAGGCAGACCCUCAUUAAUGCUUGUGGAAUUGUUGAGAUGACAGUUUUCCCCUCCAAAUUUGCCAUGGAAAUGUCAGCUGUUAUUUACAAGAAUUGGGUGUUUCUUGAUCAAGCACUUCCAGCUGAUCUUAUUAAAAGAGGAAUGGCGGUUGAGGAUUCAAAUGCACCACACGGUCUUCGCUUAUUAAUUCAAGACUAUCCAUUUGCUGUUGACGGGUUGGAAAUUUGGGCAGCAAUCAAAAGUUGGGUUGAAGAAUACUGUCAUUUCUAUUACAAAUCAGACGACAUGAUUCAGGGAGAUGCAGAACUCCAAGCCUGGUGGAAGGAGCUGCGUGAAAAGGGACACGGUGACAAAAAGGAUGAGCCCUGGUGGCCUAAAAUGCAGACAGUCCUAGAACUAAUAGACUCUUGCACCAUUGUCAUAUGGAUAGCUUCAGCACUACAUGCAGCAGUCAAUUUUGGGCAAUAUCCUUAUGCUGGCUACCUCCCUAAUCGUCCUACAUUAAGUCGAAGAUUCAUGCCAGAGCCUGGAACUCCUGAAUAUGAGGAGCUCAACACAAAUCCUGAGAAGGCUUUCCUGAAAACAAUAACACCUCAGAUGCAAACACUACUUGGGAUUUCCCUCAUAGAAAUGUUGUCAAGACAUACUGCAGAUGAGGUUUACUUGGGACUAAGGGACACUCCUGAAUGGACAAAUGAUCAAGAACCACUACAAGCUUUUGAAAGAUUUGGUAAGAGGCUGAGAGAGAUUGAGGAGAGAAUUACACAAAUGAAUUGUGAUGAGAAAUGGAAAAAUAGGUCCGGUCCUGUGAAGGUGCCUUACACUUCAUUCUAUCCCUCAAGUGAAAUGGGAUUAACUGGCAAAGGAAUUCCUAACAGUGUGUCCAUAUAAAGCUUUUGAUUCUAUUGGCACUAAUCUGUUGGUGUACUAAAUGACAAUAUAAA